AUGGCUCCCGCGGCGCCGACACGAUGCUUCUUCGACAUGGCGAUCGGUGGCGAACCAGCUGGGAGGAUGGUGUUCGAGCUCUACACCGAGAAGGUGCCGUUGACCGCGGAGAACUUCCGAUGCCUGUGCACCGGCGAGAAGGGAGAGGGCAGAACCACGGGUAGGAUGCUGCACUACAAAGGUGUCCCCUUCCACCGCGUGAUUCCAGGGUUCAUGUGUCAAGGAGGCGACUUCGAGAGGCGCAAUGGCACCGGUGGCGAGAGUAUCUACGGUGGGAAGUUCAAGGACGAGCCGGCCGGCCUGAAGCUCAAGCACAACAAGAAGCACCUGCUGUCGAUGGCCAACGCCGGCAAGAACAGCAACGGCUCUCAGUUUUUCAUCACAACCGACCCGGCGAGCCACCUGGAUGGACUCCACGUAGUGUUUGGAGAGCUCGAGUCCGGCGCGGACACGCUUACAAAGAUGUCCGAGGUAGAGACCGAUAAGAAGGACGCCCCGAUCUCCCUCCAGAGGGUUGUCAUCGAAGACUGCGGGGAGCUGCUCCCCAGCCGCGGCUCCUCCUCCAAGCAUCACCGUCGCCACAGCAGCCGCGACGUCGGGAGGGAAGAGGAGGCGGGCGGGGGCGACAGCGACGACGGCAGGGCGAACGGGGUAGGCAGCGGGAUGAAGAAGAUGCAAAGCCGUGGUGCCGCAAGAGACACUCCGGACAAGAAGAAGGAGAAGAGGGACCGGAAGGCGCUGAAGAAGGAGAGGAAGAAGGAAAAGAAGGCCGAGAAGAAGCGCCUCAAGAAGAGCAAGAGGAAGGGCGAGGAGGGAGAAGGCAAGAAGAAGCAGAAGAAGCACCGUCGUCACCACCGCCAUCACGAUGAGUCCGGCGGCGGCAGCAGCUCUUCCGACGACUCCAGCGGCGACGAGUCGGACGCGUCUGGCGGGGGGGGGGACCGCAAGCGCCGCAAGCGCGAGAGCAAGAAGGCCAAGCACGCCGCCAAGAAGUCGAGCAGCAAGGACGCCAAGAAGGAGAAGCGGGCCGUCCAGAGCAGCGGCAGCAGCAGCAGCAGCGGAAGCAGCAGCGACGAAGGCAAGGACGUCCCCCGCGGCGGCGGCGGCGGCAAGGGGGGCGACCACCACCGCGCAGUCGGGAAUGGGGUGUCGGCCGCGAGCAAGGAGAACGGCUCUCGGUCUUCCAAGCCGGCGAACGGCAGCAGCAGCCGCCACGCCGCUCCCGAGGGGAGGCGAGCCGUAAGCCCGUCGCCGCCGAAGAGAGCAGCAGCAACCGGGCGCCAUGGCAGGAGCCGCAGCCGCAGCCGCGGCAGGCGGACAGGGACAGGGACGACCGGUACAACAACCGGGCUCGUGAUGGUGGUGGCCGUGACGGCGGCGGGCGGUACGGGGACCGAGGUGGAGCGUGGGACCGCGACCGGCGCGACCGCGAUCUCGACAACAGGGGAGGGGGGGCACGCGGCCGGUACGACGUGGGCAGGGGGGGAAGGCGUGAGCCGUACGAGGGGCGGUACCAACAGUCAGGGCUGA